UUUAUUUGUAGGUUGGCACCACUGCAUUAACAAAUAUGGCGUAAACUAGGCUUGGUUUAGAAAAAAAAACAUUGCAGCUUUUACUAUUAAAAGAUUUUCUGAUUUUUUUUUAACGUGUACGAAAUUGUUUAGUGUUUUGCUAAUAAUUAAAAGUGUUGUUGGACCCGCAAUUCUACUAAAAGACUGCAAACCAAAUGUUUAAAUGGACGCUUCGUCCAUCAUUACCCAGGUGUCGAGAGAGGAUGAACAACUAAACAGUUAUCCUCCUGAAAAAGGUAAUCAACCGGUGGUAAACGAAAACGCCUCGUCGCAAACGACACCGAACAAUGAGUACCCGGAACCGGCAACGGCACCGUCACAAAAGAAAAACACUCGCGGUUUUCUCAGAUCGUUACUGUGCUGUUUGGGCAAACGGAAAAGUAAAAGUCAAGGCGGUCCUGAACAGUGCGUAGACGGGUCGCAGUACGCGCCCAGCGGCGACAGGGUGUCGUUUCUGUUGCCGCCCGCCCGCCAUCAGGAUUCUCAGAAAAAGUGCAUGGUCAUCGAUUUGGACGAGACUUUGGUUCAUAGUAGUUUUAAGCCUAUAAACAACGCCGACUUCAUAGUCCCAGUCGAAAUUGACGGCACCGUACAUCAAGUCUACGUCCUAAAACGACCACACGUUGACGAGUUCCUGAAAAGAAUGGGCGAACUCUAUGAGUGUGUCCUUUUCACCGCUUCUCUUGCAAAAUACGCCGAUCCUGUAGCCGAUUUACUGGACCAAUGGGCCGUCUUCAGAGCGAGAUUAUUCCGGGAAAGUUGCGUUUACUAUCGAGGAAAUUACGUCAAAGAUUUAAACAAAUUAGGCAGGGAUUUACAGCAGAUUGUUAUUGUUGAUAAUUCGCCUGCUUCCUAUAUAUUCCAUCCAGAUAAUGCAGUGCCAGUAGCUUCGUGGUUUGACGACAUGAACGAUAACGAAUUGUUAGAUUUAAUACCGUUUUUCGAAAAACUGAGUAAAAUGGACAACGUUUACACGGUUCUAUGUAAUUCGAAUCGGCCCUACAACAACAGCAGCGUACCACAACUAAAUGGACCCACCCCCACCACUACAACAGUGGUACCGCAACAACAAAUUUUAGCCGGCAACAAUACGUAGCAGUUUGCACCAGGCAAGAUUUUUAAUAAUUAUUAUUUUAUCGGUGGCGUAUUUUGCCAUUUUUGUUUUUAUUUUUUUUACAAAUUUUAUUUGAGCUUUAGGUAACCGACCAAAAAAAAAAAAAAAUUCAAUAGAGAUAAAUUAGACAAUGAAUCAACAUAAAUUGCUCAUUGCCAGUGAUUUUUAUACACACUACUUGACUGCACUUAUUUCUUGACAUAGUUGGCAACAUUGUUUGUAUUAUUUUUUCUGACAGUUGACAGAUAAAUAAUGGUUUAAAUGUCAUCUGUCAGAAAAAAUUGUGCAAUUAAAUUAGAAAAAAAAAAAAAUACGGAUAAAUGCCUUUAGUCUACUAGCUACAAUGUUGUCAAAUUUUCAUAAAAUUACUUUGAAAAACAUUUUGGUAUGAAAUUUUUCAGAGGCAUUUUUUUUGUAUUUUGUUUACCAAUAUCCGAACAAAGAAUUAUUUUUGUUUUUUUAUUUUUUUUUUUCUACAGGGUGUUACAAAUUUAUGAGUAAAUAUGGGAAUUUUGAUAAUUAUAAUAAAAAAUACAGGGUGUGUUAAAGUACCUACUUCAAAAUAAAUGACACUCUAUUAUUGUUAGUUUUUUUCUUUUAUUUGAAAUCCUAUGUUUUGUCUUUGGGUCAUUUUUUCUUAAUUUAAGAUUUAUGGAUUUUCAUCCAAAUAUGCCAGUGUAAACCCAAUCAUUUCCAUUAAGCUGAUACGGAGCACCCAAAAUUAGUUCCAUAUACAGUUCUUUGCUCUAGGUUCAACCAGAAUCGGUUCCAAAUCAAAUCAGAACCAAAUUUUGCCCUAUACUUACUUGCGAAUUUGACACACCCUGUGUAAUAAAGGAGAGAGAGAGAAAAAAAAGAUGAAUAAGCUCGUAAGUUGAGUUGGCAUUUAAAAAAAAAAAAAAUUAGAAACACAAAAAUGAUAAAAUAAAAUUGUGGCCUUAAAUCUUAUAUCUCAAAGCUACUUUUGUCAACUUUUUAUAAUACUGUAGGAAUUUUCCCAUUUUAAAAUUUAUCAGAUAUUUAGGGUCGGUUUAUUCACCUUCUGAUAAAACUAUCAAUCUGACAAAAUGAUAAAUUUAACUUUCAGAUAGAUAAAUAAACCUGGGCCUUAACAACUAAAAAUCCAGUGCCAUAUAAUUUUGGCUAUUGAAUAUUGAUUUGCAAGGUCGUGUUAUUAUUAUUAUUAUCAAAAAAAAAAAAAAACAUCACUUAAUUAUUGUACAGUAUGUAAUUUAGGUUUCAAAAACCUAUAUUUAGUACAAAAAAUAUAUAGUUUAUUUAUAAAUAAUUGUCCGCCACUCAAUAACAAUUUUUUUUUUUUUGUAUUUUUAGCCCUAAAACAACUAUUGUAUUUUUUUUUUUUAUUAUUUAAAAAAGUGUAUAGUUUAUUUUUUAGUAAUAUUAUUGUAUUCUUUAAUUAUUAUAAAAAAAAAAAAAAUUAAUAUAUUUCUUCUUAUUUUGUAUGUACCAAGAAAAUUGUGUGAAUAAUUUAUUCUAUAUUGGAUUUUUAUUUUAUUAUAAAUAUUUUUAACGCAGCAAUAAUUUUUUUUUUUUAGUCUCUUUUAUUCUAGCAUUUAAUUAUGACAACAAGGGACUAAAUAUUUGUAAUAAUAAUUAUUAUAUUAACAAUUAUUUUCUUUCUGUUUCAUCAGAAGAGUAAUUUUUAUUAUUAUUAGGUCUGUUUAAAUCAAAAAGCAGUCAGAGCAAAUUUCAUUGGUUGAAAACCAAUAAAAUUCAAUCUGACUGGUUUUUUGAUUUUUGCAAAAACAAACCUACUAUUGUUUUAAUGUUGAUUUUUGAACAAAAAUUGUAUUUAAAAAAAAAAUAUGUAAAAAUACUUGAGUGUUUUUCCUAUUGUAUUUGUGUAUAUUGAAACAAAACAAACAAAAAAAAAUAUUGCCUUGAUUUUUGUAAAUAAAAUGCAUCAAUUUGUACCCAA